AUGGCUUCCGUUAAAGAUGCUGGUAACAAAUAUGGGGAUUUUCGGUCAGCAAUUAUUACACAACAUUGGAAUGACCCUCCGCAAAAGGUGAGAAUGGACUUGUAUAUUACAAUUACUACUCGUACCGUGAAAGUUGGAGGUAUUGGUCUCUUUCAUAAAGAGGAAGAUGGGUCUGGUUCCAUUGAUUCGCAGGAAAUUGUUACUCUCCUAAAUUCUUUACUGGACAUUUGCAAAAAGGCAUCGACUCACGCAGAAAGAAGAGUUAUCGCUGACACUGAAAAGAGAAUAACAUUCUUAUUCGAGAAACUCGAAAAACAAGAAUUACCCGAUCCAGUGUUGGGAAAAGUAGGCAAGGUCUGCGAGCAUCUCGACAACAAGGACUUUCAAAAUGCACUGUCGAUGCAUAACAAUCUCAUGACAACUCAUUUCGACAAGGAAGGAAAAUGGUUGUUGGGCGUUAAAAGGCUGAUUGAUUUAUAUCAAAAGCAAAGCACGGCUUUGAUUGUAGCGCGUUAUGAUAUUGCCGGUGUACAUAUGAAGAACAGCAAAUUGCUCUUACCUGGCAUCAAGAAAGGCUAUUACCAAACCGCCGCUAUAAUUCUCGACCUGGAUUUGUUUGUAGUCAUCCAGAAUCGUUCGCAUCUCAACAAUAAAUAG